GAGAGAGACGUGGACUGAGGGAAGAGAGAGCGAGAGAGAGGUGGACUGAGGGAAGAAAGAGUGAGAGAGACGUGGACUGAGAGAAGAGAGAGAGAGAGACGUGGACUGAGAGAAGAGAACAGGAGAGAGACGUGGACUGAGAGAAGAGAGAGAGCAGGAGAGACAUGGACUGAGAGAAGAGAAAGAGAGAGAUCUGGACUGUGAAUUGAGAGUGUGGGAGAAGGAAGGAGAGACAAAGCUGAACUGUGGACCUGUAGACAUAUUAAUGGAGACCUGCUCCCAGGCUGUUGGAGUGUCUGAAUCUGCCCACCCCUGCCGUCGACCCUGAGGGCGUGGCGUGUGUUCAACCAACCAGAGCCCCGUGGACCUGUGACGUCACGGUGACAUCAUCAUGUUCCCCUCCGUGGCCCGUAUCCUGCCCUCUAGGGUGUCAUCGCCGCUCCUCCUGGCCGCCAUGUUGAUGCUGGCGGCCGCCGGUCCCGUCUCGGGAUCGGACGCGGAGACGUGUUUCUCCCGACAGCAUCAGAACGCCAUAGUGAAUGUCCGCCAGGCGCUGGUCCGACCGACCACCGUCAUGGACUCCAGAGUCACUCAAUCAGAGAGAGACUGUGUUCUGGCCUGCUGCUCAGAGGACGUCAAGCCAGGUAUAAAGUGUACCCUGGCUGUGUUCAACCCUCACAAGCCCUCUGAGCCUCCCAACAACCACAACUGUCAUCUGUUCCACUGCCAGAGUGAGCAGGACUGUCCCCUCCUGACUGCUGAACAGGGCAUCAACACAUACGACAUCUUCAAAGGUUUGAUUCAUCCCACCACGGGGAUACCUACUCCACCUUCCACAAUCCAACCAACUACUACUACUGCUACUACUACAACUCCAGCCUCUACCAUCAGACCACAACCCACUACUACUACAACGACCACCACUAAACCUACCACCACAACCACACCACAAGACCCAGACCCCACCCCUCCAGCACCAACACACCGCAGAGACCCAGACCCCAUCAGAACUACUGAAAAACUCCAGCCAGCCACUGAGCCAGCUACCUCCACCACCACUUCUACUGGUGCUACUGCCACCACUAAGAGCCCAGCAGCCAUUGAGCCCCUGAUCCCAAGGACAACACCAGAAAACGAGCUGGUGCUGGUGCCCAAGGGGGUCCAGGCAGUCCCAGCCUCCCCAGGGACAGAGGGUCAGGGCGGGGGGAAGGAGGUGGCAGGGCGGGGGGCUCUGAAGAGCUCCCUGGUGGCUGUGGUGGUGGUAGGCCUGGCCAUCCUGACUCUGGCCCUGGCUGUGGUUGGACGUAAGGCCAUGGAGUCAUUCGACCGGCGACACUACACCAGGCUGGAGCUUAACGACCUACACUACGAGGUGUGA